ACGACGGGGGCGACACUGAGGGCCAUUGAUGGCCGCUGUUGACACGCACAGCUGAGCGCGUCAAAGCUACGCAAAACGGCGCGUCCGAAACGCGAUGAGUGUGGUGCCGUGCGCGUGUGUAUGUGACGUACACUGCGCUCGAUAAAUCGCCACCUACUUGCGGAAUGUGUGCGGAAAAAUAAUGAGGGGGUCGUAAAAGUAUUUUACGCUUCCCAUCGACACGCGCGUCAUCCUCCGUGAAGUGAAUAUAUCGCCGAUAUCUAUAUGCAAGUCGCAUCUCGCAAAACUGAAUGUUAAUCGUGUUAUCGCAUCGAGUUACAGUAUGGACAAGGAGACGAAGGAGAACGGAAGAGACGAUAAUGUGAAUGAGAAGAAGCAAAACGUCGCGUCUGAAUCGUCGGAGGAAGAAGAUCAUACCGAGAUGGAGAGACUGCGCAAAUACCUGGCGCAGAAGUUGAAGCUCGUCGACUCGCCGAGCGACCAAGGCGAGGAGCUGCCGGCCCUUAGCAGCCUCACUUUGGACGGAAUUGCCGAGUACAUAACGAAUAACGCAAAUUGCAAAAUCGUCACCAUGGCAGGCGCGGGGAUCUCCACCUCUGCUGGCAUACCAGAUUUUCGGUCCCCAUCCAGUGGGCUUUACCACAAGUUGGACAAGUAUAAUUUGCCCCAUCCACAGGCUAUUUUUGAGUUAGACUUCUUCAUAAAGAACCCAGAACCGUUCUUCACCCUCGCGAGGGAAUUGAUACCGGAAGGCUUCCAGCCGACGAUAAGCCAUUACUUCAUUCGACUACUGUGGGAAAAGGGUUUGUUGUUACGACACUACACGCAGAAUAUUGAUACGCUGGAACGCGUAGCUGGAUUACCAGGUGAGAAACUGGUGGAAGCUCAUGGAACGUUCUACAGCGGCCAUUGUCUUACGUGCCAAGCAUCGUACACACUUCCAUGGAUGAAAGAAAAGAUAAUGAAAGGCGAAAUACCGUCAUGCGAAAAGUGCGACGAUGGUUUGGUGAAACCUGAUAUAGUCUUCUUUGGUGAAAUGCUAUCCGAGCGUUUCCAAACACUUGCUGAUCAAGAUUUGGAACAGGCUGAGCUUUUGAUUAUCAUGGGAUCAAGUUUAGUAGUACAACCUUUCGCAUCGAUAGUGGACAGAGUGCGAGCCAGUUGUCCUCGUUUACUCAUUAACAAUGAAAAAGUGGGUAUGCAGGACCGUCUGUCACGUUUCUUAGGUUUACGGCAGGGCUUGGUAUUUGAUAACAAGAGCACACACGGAGGACGUGAUGUAGCUUGGUUGGGUGAUUGCGACACAGGUUGUCAACUACUAGCAGACAAACUUGGCUGGGGGGAUGAAUUGCAAGCCCUGAUGAAAAGAGAACAUGAAAAGUUGAAAGCAGAAGAAAAGAAAAGCGACAAUUAAUUGAUGUUAACUGGAUAACGAUAAUUAAUAAUGCUUUCCUCUAGAAAGAAUAAAUAGAAUAUCGAGUUAUUGACAAUUCACGUCAUUUGAAAACAAAUGUUACAAGGAUACAAUUUUACUUAAAAUAGGUGAUACAAACAUUGUUGGAGCUAAGGUAAAUGUACAAUGUGAUUAAUUUAAGAAGGUAAAUAUUCGCGUCAAUUUAUCUAAUUGCUUCUCAUACAAAAUUAAACGUUACUGUGCAGAAUUAGAUAUUUUACUGUUGCCUGUAUUCUUGUUAGUCAUUUAUUAUUUGAUUUUUGUAUCAUAUACAAAGACCAAGUGUAAAAAUAAAAUUUAAGUAAAAUUCAUAUUUAAAAUUGUAUUAUAAAUAAGAAGAGCGCUUUAUUCUUUUCGAUACUCUAUAUGCUUAAUUUAGAGUCUGAAAUGUAUAUCGCCAAAUAAAUGAUGUCUAUAAUCUGUA